ACGCAGGACCAUGAGUAUAGGCUUCCCUGAGCCCCACCAGGGGGUGAGGAUGGCCACCCAGCCCAUUACCGGGGCUCCUCCUCCGACCACUGCAUCCUCCUAGCACCCGGGACGGUGGGGCCAUGCCAGGAGAGCGGCCCCCAACUCUUCCCAGAGACUUGCAGUCCUGCCAUGUUGCCAGCAGCCUAGGGGGCCCCUCUCAGCACCCUCUCAAGGACCACAGCUCUGCCAGCAGGACCACCCAGUGCAUGAGAGAUGAAGGCAACAAGGCGCAGGCCCAAGGUUCCCCUGAAGCCCAGCUGAGUCAGUCCAAAGAGGUGAAGCCAGAGGACUUGGUACUGAGAACUCAGGCCCCAGCGGGACAGAACUGUAUACAAGCUUACUCAUGGCUGGCCAGCAGGAUGGAGAGCAAUCACCCACAGCUGCAUAACCUAAGCACUUCAAGAAUUAGAUGCAUCCUGGAUGAGCCACCUAAGGACCUACAACAUGAAGCCCCCCAAGUGUCAGAGACCAAGGCUCCUCGGCUCCCAAAGACCAGAGCCCGCCGCAGGUCCAGCAUCCCAAGGGCUGAGGCCCUGCCCUCCCCAGAAGAGAAUGGCUCCCAAAGGUGCUUUCAGGAGGCCCCUUCCAGCUUUACCUCCACCAACUGUACCUCAUCAAGUGUCACUCCUGGGUCCUUGCCCCAGAGGGCCCCCCAGAGCAGUGGCACCAGCCCCCAUAGGCCUGCUUCUGGCCCUAACGUCCAGGCCAUUGGGACCAACCCCUGGCCUCCUGCUGCUGAAAACAGCUUCCCAGGUGCUAAUUUUGGGGUCCCCUCUGCAGAGCCCAAGCCCUUCCCUGAAGGCAAUAGGCCUAGCAGCCCCCAGGGGGUCUCUGUUCCCUACCCCUUCCCUGUAGAAACGACCCAACAUGAGCAAGCAGCUGGGACAGUGUUGUACACCUUCCACCAGCCCCUGGUAGCAUGGUCUGAGGAGGCCCUGGGUACAAGCUCUGCCUACCCAUCCCUGCCCUGCAACCCAGGCCAGUCUAGGGGAGCCAACACUCCCACUGACCUUGGCACUGCCCUCUCCCCGCCUGGUGCUGCUCACUUGGUCCCAAGCCCCUUCCAUGACACUUUGCACAAGAGCCUGACCAAAGGCCUUCCUGAAGGCCCCCCUCCUAUUCAUGAUGGACUGGGGAGCCCCAGGGGACCCCCAAAUCCUCCACCCCAGAGGCACUUUCCAGGGCAGGGGUAUGGAGCUAAUGGGGUGGGUACCAGCCCAGUGCCUCUGGACACAGAGCUGCCCACCCCUGGGCCACCACCCACCCAUCUGCCCCAGUUGUGGGAUUCCUCAGCACCUUCUUACCCCAGGUCCACCCUGGGCCCUGCAGUUGCUGACAGCACUGCCUUCUUCAAAGGCCAGCAGCUCUGCCUUCCACAGAGUCCCCCCCUGCCCUGGUCUCCAGUGCUUACAGCCCCUGGGCCAAGUUCCCACCAAAUGGGGGUACUGAGCCAACUGGCGUUCCCCGGGGGGUCUUCUGAGUGGCAGGGGGACAGCCAGGGAGCCCUGAAUGCUUUAAAUACAAUCUCCAGGCCUGGGGAAACACCUUCAGCUCUCAGGAGCAGCCCAGGCCAGCCAAGCAGUUCCCCACGGCUGCUAGCCUAUGGUGGGCUGAAGGACCCUGGGGCCCCGUCCCUGUUCUUUGGGGGAACCCAACCUCAGAUGUCCCCCCAAGGGGUCCUCAGCCUGCCCCCACCCAGGCUGAUGGGAGCCUCUCCCAGUGAGUCCCCUCUUCCCUCACCUGCAACCAACACAGCCAGCAGCAGUACCUGUUCAUCCCUGUCGCCACCAUCCAGCAGCCCAGCCAACCCCAGCUCUGAGGAUAGCCAGCAACCUGGACCCCUCAGGUCCUCAGCCUUCUUCCUGCCCUCUACCCAUUCCCAGGAGACCAGCAACCCCUUCCCUUCCCCUGAGCCCACACACACCCUCCCCACAUGCUACCAGUCAGAGUCGACCAAAGCCUUCCCUCUCCCCACAGAGGGGCCAGGAGCUGAGGAUGCCUUCAAGAGCCUGGAGGGAGUCCCAUUCCCCCACAAGAGCCCCUCUGUGGGCAGAGACAGGUUGCAGGGCUUUGCUCCAGAGCCACCAGCAUAUUCCGCCCAGCACUUCUCCCUGAGCAGCGCCAGCCUGGACCAGCUAGAUGUACUGCUCACCUGCAGACAGUGUGAUCGCAACUAUAGCAGCCUAACAGCCUUCCUGGAACACAGGCCAUUCUGCAGCCUGCUGCUAGCCAAGACCAAGGAUGGCUCCCUGCAGGCCCCAGGGCUCCCUGCACCCACCACCUGCUCAAAGGCACCCACUGAUGCACACUCAGGCUUGCUUGAACAAAACCAGCCUGCCCCCUUCCUGCUAACCAGGGAUGACCAGGGGGACAGCAAAGAUGAAUCCCUGAGAACAAGCUUCCUGCCUGCCAGCCUGCCUGUUACCCCCUUCCCACUCCCCACCUCAGAUCUUGACAUGGAAGAUGAUGCCAAGCUGGACAGGCUCAUCACAGAGGCGCUCAAUGGCAUGGAGUACCAGUCAGACAACCCUGAACUCGACAGCAGCUUCAUUGAUGUCUUUGCUGAUGAGGAGCCUUCAGGCUCCAGGGGGCCUGGGGCUGGGCAUUCCCUCAACACGCAGGUGGACACAACCCCCAAGAAUGGUACCCAGCCCCAGCUCCCAUCCAGAGUUGUCAUGCCAGAACCCCAAGCUCGCUGCACUGGAGACAGGGGUUGCCCAACCCGAAACAGGCCCAAAACCCGCUCGCUGGGCUUGGCAUGUGCAGAAGCAGAUACAACCACCCUGGUCAGGCAGCAGAGGAGAGGGAAGCAAUUCAAGUUGUUUCGGAAAGAGCCAGGUGUGACCAAGGGCACUAACAACCCUGCCAGAGCCAUCUGUCUAAGGCCAAGGAAGAAGGGUCACAGUGCUGAGCGUCCCGGGCCCCAGGACCGUAGAAGUCGGGCUCGCAAGGGCCAUGCUCAUGCAGACCACAGCAUCCCCAGAGCCACCUCUAAAGAAACCAGGAGCUCCAAGCACCUGCAACUGCCCUCUGGGAGGGACUCCCGAAAAAGGAGGGGGCGAGGGGGCUCCUGGAGCAAGGAACUCAUCCACAAGAUAGUACAGCAGAAAAACAGGUGCCACAGGCGGCAGGCACCACGUGCCCAGGUCUCCUGUGUUUCUCUGUUACCUGCAAGACCACCUAGCACCCAGAAGAGGAAGCUCAAGGGGCAAGGCUGUGCCUCUGAAUCUGAGGAGGAGGGUGGUGUGCAACAGCGGGAUUCGGGGACUCAUAGCCAAGAAUGUUCCCGCCACAGCCGCCAGCGGUGGCGCCAAGGCAAGAAGAGAAAGAAAGAAGAUUUGGCCCAGGACCCAAGAAAGGCCAUGAAGCAGGAGAGUGGUGAAAACAAGGGCUUCCUGACUACAAAGAGGACACACAGCCUGUUGCAGAGCUUGGAUGCUAGAGAAGUUCCUGUGGGCAGAAGCUCUGAGCAUACUGAUCACCCCACAGUAGCCCCAAAACAUCCUCCACAGGUCCUCACCACCACCAAGACACAAGAGGAAGCAGCCCCGGGCUUUCCCCAGGAGGUCAAGAAGCCUGAAAUUGCUGCUGAGUUACACUCUGAUAUCACAGACCUCAAAGAGAUGUCUGGUUCUCCAGCUAGCUGUGAUGGGGAAAGGCCCAGACCCGCUGCUCCAGUGCCAACACAGGCUGGCAACCCCAGGCCACCAGGAAGCCACCCUGAAACACUAUCAGGAAAAAGCAUGCCAGCAACAAAUGCAGGUUGUCUUCUGGGUACUUCUGGGUGCAUGAAGCUCCCCAGUUUGCAUACCGGAGAAGACUCCUCUGCUCCCCAGCCUGGAGGGUGCUUGGCACCCAUUGAUAAGGUGGCAGAUGCUUUCUACACUGAAUCCGGAAUCCCAGUUUUCAAGGACUCUGGUUCUGGUUGUGACCCUGAUCACUGUGACAGACACUCUAUAGGAUGUCCAGCUGCCAAAAGAGGGCCCCUGCCUAACAGUGAAUUGUUCCUUGUAUCCAAGGACCUAGCUAACUGCUUCCCUGAAGAUUCGUGCUCCAAGCCUUUAGCUGACACACUGCCAGCCAGCAGCUGCCACCUUGGCCAGGACAGUAUGGAAAAUCUUGAGUCAACACCACCAAAGAAUCCACCCUACCCAGUUGAAACAGACCCAGGAAAGGUGCAUUCACCACUGACCUUAGAGUCCACAUCCCUGUUUGCAGGACUGCCUGAGGAUGCAUUUGACCCACCAUUGUAUGAGAGCUUAUCUGAAAACAAGGUCACCCAUGUGCCACUGGUGUGUACUGACCCUCUCCCUAAGAAACCUCUGACAGAUCCCCUGUAUCCACCAUUCUUGCUGCUUGAGGAAGCUUCUCCUGUGCUGCCUGGCCCCUUUCCUGGACUCUCCAAGGGAAAAACACCCAGCAAGAAGUGUCCCUUUGAAGAGACAGUACCUCCCAGCCCUCCUCCUGUGCCUGAAAAGGGAAGUGACUGUAGUGUUUCCCUUAUGAGCAAUCUGUGCGAGGAUGAACUGGAGAUCAAAAGAUUGGUAACUGAAUUAGAAAGCCAACUGCAAGGGAAAGGGAGUACACAGGGGGCCUUGGAAGAGCCUGAGGAAGCUACAAAUGAAGGCAGGAUGGACUCAAGCCCAAGGCAGGCCUCCCUGCUGCCCACACCUCAGGCCACCUCAGCCCACAGAGACAUCCUCUCAGCAGCCAACCUUACAGGUCUUGAAGGAUCAAGCUCACAGCAGGAAGGGGCCCUCAGGAACCCCCAGAAACAAAGGUCCUUCCUAGCCUCCCGCCACACAGGCAAAGCAGCACCUCCCCCAGAUACCCAGGAAGAUCUUGGUCCUGGACCUCCUCUCAGUCCUGCAGGUUUCAGCCUCAGUUUUGGACAGUUAUCAGUGGCCAACAUCUCCAACACAGACUGCCAGGCCUCCAUAAGUGACCAUUUGCCUGACUCCAACAAGCAACGGGCACCCUUGCAACAAGCUGAGAAUUCAGCCAAGUACAGCCCAAGCCCUGAGCUUUUGUUUUCUAAAAAUAAUGAAGCUUCUGUGGCACAGGAGGACAGUCCAUUGCUGCUUCCUGAUAAACUUACAAGAGGGCAUUCUCCAGACCCCUAUGAGGCCCAGGAGCCCUGCCCAAGUUCCUCUGCACUAGAAGGGUUCAACAGCCCCAGUGCCUAUCUGGCCCUAGAGACCAACUUGAUGCUUAAGGGUGAUGAGAGUGUCACCUCCCCUCCAAGUGUUAGUCCCAGCCAUGACUCUAAGGGACACCUUAAGGGCCAAGCAGGAAGUCCCAUAGGAACUAUGCUUACUACCCCUGUUACAAAGGACCCUGGCUUUAAGGGAGAAUCUGUCCCUGCAGGAUCCUCUCCACUAUCCAUCUUCCAGAGUGGUGGCAAGGCUUGGUCCCAUCCCAUGCCAGAUCCUUCCUGGAUGACUGGUGGCCCCCAGGAACCAGCCUGCGGCUCCUUUCCUCUGCUCCAGGUUCUGGAUGCUAGAGCCAGGAGUGAAGAAAAUACCCAGGGCCUUCAGCCUGGGGACCCUUCGGAGGCCAGUGUGAAUGGGGGCUCCUCGGGGGCUGUAAAGAUGUCAGCUCUAACUACAGACAUCCGAGAGCAGCUGAGGUCCAAGGCAGAUGGACAUCUGGGCACACCAGGUCAAUCCAAAAAGACCAAGGGCCGAGGUCAUGCUAACAGACUUCAGCCAAAUAACUGGAGGAGCCUAAGGAAUCCAGACACACUCACCAAGGUCAGAACACAUUUGGAAGGUAGGACAGCCAGGAGCAGAGGGGCACGACAGGGGAACAGAGCAGUCAGGGGCUUUAGGAAGCAAGCACUGCCCUCCACAAGCCCCGCCCACUCUGGUGGCAUAUCCACCAUUUCCACCCAGAGGGAGGAGCCUUCAGAGAGAAGUCCAGAGGAGGCAGCCAGCCCACAGCUGCUGUUUAGCCAGGAGAGCCCAGCUCCCUCCAGCAGGGGCCUGGCCACUUGUGCCCUCUCAGCCACCUCCCCAGCCACACCUACUCCCAAUGACUUUGAGCCCCUACCCCAGGAAGACUCUGGGGCCAGAGUCAAACCUACUGGGCCACCAGCACCUUCCUUCUACAGAGACCUACCCAUUCCCUACCAUCAGCCAGCCUAUGCUGUCUUGGCACCUCUGGGAAAAGCCAGUCAUGGCCAAGCUACCAAAGAUGCUGGGUCCCUAACAACCCCUACAUCACUGAUAACAGGCCACUGUGGCUCUGAAGAGACUUUAUCCCACCACUCACUCCUGGGGACCAGCAAUCCCAAAGACUCCCCCUCAGGCCCACUCAGCCCCACCAGUUUCUCUGUAAUACUUGACAGGGACAGUCCCAAAGGCAUCACAGUAAGAACAUUAGAAGAAUCUGGAAAAGAGGAGUUGAGGACAUCUCCUGCCCAUGCCUCUGCUCCUCCCCCAGGGGCUCCCAGUUCCCCCAAAAUAACCAUCAAAGCUGGCCUUCUGACCGAUAUCCCCACCAAAGAUGACCUAGAUUCGGAUGAGAGACUUGAGGUGCCAGAUCCCCACUGCAUGGAAAUCCCACCCAUCAGCAGCCCAGAAAGGACAUACUGCAAGGACCCUUCCUUAGGGCCCCAGAGCAGCACACCCUGCCCUGGCCACAAAGAAAGCCACAGCAUUAUAGCUGUGCCCACAGACUUCGCCACUCUGGGGACUAUGGAACCAGACUCUCAGGUCUGCCAAGACGAGGCAGCAACCAGUAUCAAGGAACAGGACAACCCAGAAACACCUGGGACAAGACACUGUGAUGUGACAAAGGUUCCCAGAGCCAAUGCGCAAGGCAUGCCCACAGGGCUCCGCUUGGCUCUAGCAGCCUCUCUGAGCUGCACAGCCACUGACUUCAGGUCUGAGUCUCCUCAACACCGUGUCAAUAUCUCUCAUCAUCCUCCCAAGAAGGACCCCUUCAGUCCCCAAGAGUCUAAACGGAGGCCCCGAGGCUUGAAAAAGAAACCAGCGCCGACAGAGAAGACCCCAGCUGAGCCACCCAUGACCUGCGAACUCUGCUCAGCCUCUUUCCUCUCCAGAGCAGGCCUAAGCCGGCACAAAGCCAGGAAGCACCGGCCACACAGGGAGGCUAGCUCCCAGCUGAGCCCCAUGAUCCUGCCAGCUUGCCAGCCUCCAGAUUCCAUGAACCAAGCGUGCCAGCCCCCUGGGAAGAAAAGCUGCAAAAUGCUCGGGAAAGGGAGACCAAGUCACUCACCCUUGGGCCCUGGCCACUCUUCUGGGCCACCUCCUGAUAUGUUGAAGGUGACCAGUGAGAAAUCUGAGGGACUCAGGACACAAGACACUCCUCAUAACCAGCAACCACACACCCCAGGCCUAAUAGAGCAGAGGAAGGGUGCAAAGGUUCCAGCCUCAAAGCCAAGAAGACCGGAUGGGUGGCAAGCAGAACAGCUCCAUCCCAACCAGGGAGAAAUGGGAAGCCAGAGACAAGAUGGAGAGCCUGCUGAUUCUCCCAGCCACUCAAAGAGGAAGUCAAACAGGAAAGGGGGGAAACUGAGAGUGAGGAGGGAAAAGCAUGGUCCUGAAGACACUUUCUGUGUGACUUCAGACAGAGACUUCUCAGAUCCAUCAGCCACAUAUGACAACCAUCUCAUCCCCCUGAGCCUCUCGCCUGAGGGAGACUACAGAGCCUCUCUCAGGCCACCAGCUCUAUCCCCCACAGUAGGGCCCAGAGCUCUGGAGGAUGCUGCAGACAUGAGCACAGGGGCUCUGUGUACAGAAGAGAUGCCAGCACAGAAGGGCCCCCAAGAAUGGCAAGUCUGCCAAGGGAUGAUAGAGAGAGAAUGUACAGAGGAACAGAAGUCAUCCUGGGUACAGUGGUUCUGGGGACCAGGAGAGGCCAAGGCAUUGGACAUUAGUGGAGAAUCAUCACAGGCUGUUGAGAGCCAGCCUGCAGAGGACAGCAGAGGAGCCAAAGGUGGGUCAGAUGGAGGCACUGGGGAGGGGACACCUGAUUUACCUGAUAGCAAACACAGUCUUGAAGUGGACAGCACCAUCAGCAGCUGCUCCCAGAGUCCUAUCAAUGACCCAGAAACCCAGAGUGGAGUUCUGGGGCCCAAGGUCACCAGUCCUGAAGCCUCCAGCCCGGGUCCAAGGGAACCUCUAGACUUAUUCGAUGAUGACGCAUCCUUCUCACAGCUCUUUCCCCUGGACGGCCGCAUCACUCAGAAGAAGAACCUACGUGUCUAUGGGAAGCGCUGCAAAAAGCCAAAGCGCUCACCGCCAAAGGAGCCCCACGCCGAGGUGGUAGACAAUGCCGCUCUCUUCUCCACACGCUUGCCCACAGAUCUCAGUGACUCAGGCUCUCUGUGCCUGUCCCGUGAGGAUGAGGACCUAUGGGAUGAUGAAGCCCUGAGUUUGCCUGAGUCCCUCCUACUAGAUGGGCUCCUGAGCAGUAAGAUACCUGGCCUUGACCCCUGGACCCCCAGCUUCAGCCUAUGGGCCCCAGAACCCAACAGGGAGGCCAGCUAUAUGGAGGAGCCCUCCUGCUUUACUGAAAACCAGGAUGAGUGGUCAGAAGCUAUUCCCCAGCUGCACAUGGUCCCAGCAGCCUGGCGAGACAUGGAGCUGUGUAGCCCUGCCUGUGAAACAUCCUCUUCCCUUGGAGACAUGAGCCCAGAGCCCCCUAACCUGGAAAGAGAACAUGAUGUUAGGCUUUCUGGGAAUGGCAGCCUGCCUCCACUUUACAUUAAAGACUUUGAGGUACUCAGCACCCAGCUAGAAAUACAAGACCUGUGCUUUCUAGGACCCUGUGAAGACUUUGCUGACCUCCCCAACCCAGGCAUCUUAGACUUCCAGGCCACAGCAAAUUCACAGGGGCCUCCAAACAAAAGAACUGAAGAAGCUGCCAGGGCCAGAGGAGCCAAAGGCAGACACCGGCCAGUAAAGGGCAGGAGGGCCUCCUACAAGUGCAGGGUGUGUUUCCAGCGCUUCCACAGCCUGAGUGAGCUGGAUCUACACAAGCUGGCACACAGCCCCUCACCACCCCCUACUUGCUACAUGUGUGUGGAGCGCAGGUUCAGCUCCCGGGAGCUUCUUCGGGAGCACCUGUGGGAGAAGCAUGUGCAGGGCAAAGCAGGACCAUGGGCCUGUGGCAUGUGCCUGAAGGAGGUGGCCGAUGUCUGGAUGUAUAACCAGCACCUGCGGGAGCAUGCAGCCAGAUUUGCCAGAAAUGGACAGGCACGGAGAGGCCUGGGAGACCUGCCGGGGUGCUUGGAAGGGAAGAGCACUCUCACACACUUCCUGAACAACAUUGUGGAGCAAGCAUCCAAACCCCAGAGGACUGGGCACCCAACUGGCAAGGCCAGCAGGGAGGCAUUGGAGCAGGAAGGAGAUGCAGGGGAGAAAAUCCCAAGAAGGGUGAAGCAAAAGGUGCCCACUGGGGUCACUUCCAGCCAAGAUGGUGCUUUGCUAUCACUCAGUCCGUCAGCGGAAGCAGGCAGUCCAUCCAUUCUGACCAGCAGCUCUGCCAUCUGCUCUGGAUCUGCCAAGACGCCCCCAACUCCAUCCCCAGACUCUUGGUCCCACAGUGAGUUCCCCCUCCAAGCGGUCCCAGUGCAUGAGGACUGCAAGGACCCCUCCCGUGACUGCCACCACUGUGGAAAGCAGUUCCCCAAGCCUUUCAAGCUGCAGCGCCACCUGGCGGUGCACAGCCCACAGCGUGUCUACCUGUGUCCCCAGUGCCCACAGGUGUACCCUGAGCACUGGGAGCUGAGAGUACAUCUGGGCCUGACCCAUGGGGUGAAAGAGGAGAGGGAACUACCACAUAUGCCGCUCUAUGCCUGUGAGCUCUGUGCCAAUGUCAUGCAUGUCAUCAGGAGGUCCUUUGUGUGCAGCUCCUGCAACUACACCUUUGCCAAGAAGGAGCAGUUUGACAGACACAUGGACAAGCACCUGAGGAGCGGCCAGCAGCCCUUCAUGCUCCGAAGUGUUAGGCGGCCAGUGGUUCCUGAGAAGAAGACCCAGGUCCCCGAAGACAUGCUACCCAGCAAGUGGCAUGGGGUGAUGGUGCCCAGCACUGACAGAAUCCCAUCCACAAGCAGCCCUUCUCCAAGUGAGGGCUGUCUCCCUGUACUACCCCUGAUGUGUUCAGAGACAGCUCCUGACUCCAUCCUGGACCAGCCCAGUUCUCAAGAGAGGCCUGUGGACCAGACAGAGCACUCACUCAAGGGGAACAACCCACCAUUGACUGGCCAGGACCUUCCACCUCCAUCUCUGUCUCCUUUCUUGGCAGCCUCAGCUGAAGGUACAGGUGGUUGCAAGCUGGACAGAGGCUUGGGGAAACCAGAAAAUGAGAUUUCCUUAGGCAGUCUUGAACCAUGUAAGUGGCAAACUCCCCCAGGAGAAAAGAAGUCCCUUCACCUGUUCUCAGGAAAACAUAGGAGCCUGGGCAUCCGAGGCAAAUGUGCCCCUGGCUGUUUCCCAGGAGACCCCUCCCAGCUCCAGAAGGAGAGGCUAGUGACCAUACACCACGUGACACCUGAGGGGAAAAUAGAGGUUCCCUCCCAGAAAGGAAGUGCCACCAAACCAGGGGCCUGCUCGAGUUCUUCCAAGCACAGACCAGCGCACCCCAGCAAAGUGCUAAAGCUACCAGUACCAAGAAAACCUAUAGGGAUGGGGACCCCAGCAUCUGGAGAGCUGGGCCAGAGUCCUAAGGACAGGGUAAAACCCAGCACUUCUAAAGCUAAACUGAGACCCAGCUCUCAGGGCAGUGGAGAUCUACAGCCUGGUACUCAGACAGGGGGUGGCAGCCAGCCCCAGCCAACCAGUGGACAGCUCCAAAGUGAGAUGGCCUCCACCCCCACUGAGCCCAGCUGUCCUAGCUGGGAGAGCUCCACCCCUGACCAACCCCCACCUCAAGCCCAUACCAAGGGAAGCGCCAGAGGGGCCAGAGAAGCUGAACAUCAGGGUGUCCAAGUGCAUUCAAGUCCCAAGGAGAGAAGAGAAAACAAUGAAAAAAAGAGGAAGGGUCAGGCCCUGGGACUGGCCAGGCAUGGAAGCAUGGAAAGCAUGGGGAGAGUCCCCUCAGCCCCUGAGAAGUCAUCCAGGGCCCCUCGAAAGCAAGCAACUCCCAGCCGAGUUCCCCCUGUCAAGUCCAGAUCCAGUAGCCAGAGCGGCAGGAUAAGGCCACAGCCAUCAGCACAGAAGAAAGGGGACCUGGGCCACGCUUCUGAAAAGGGCUCCUUCCCCCAGGCAAGACCCCUGUCCAGGCCAUAUAAAAGGGUCAGAGCAGUCUAUGGUGUUGAACACAUGGAGCCGCGAGACCACCGGACUGCAGAGGCCCAGAGCGAUCUCCUCAGCCAGCUGUUUGGGCAGAAGCUGACCAGCUUCAAAAUCCCUCUGAAGAAAGACAAUUCCCAGUAACCCACAAGAGAGGGUGCCUGGGGGCCCAGCUGAUGGGCUCCCGUCUGGCCUUCAGAGUUCGAGGCAGCUUGGUUUGAGACCACUCUUCUGUUCCUCUGCACCUGGCUUCCCACAGAUUGUGUAACAGAUUAGAGGGCUGGUGUGCUCCUGGAAGCAGGGCUUUGCGCUGGAAGACUGAGGUUUAGGAAAGGACCAGCCUCAACCCCCCCGAGGUCGUGCACCUGCUUUCUUGAUACCAAGUGCUUGAAGAAAGCGGCUCACAUCCCAUCACUGCCACCACGCCCUGUUAGCCAGGUGCCUCAUGCUGUAAAACUCAUCUUUAAAGGUUUGCACAGGGUCCCCCAUCUCCUAGCAGGUCAGCACAUUAAGGCAGUCAGCCAGACAGUGGCAGUUGCCUUGUUUUGCUGCGGUUGCUAAGAUUCCAAAUUGACCUUAGAAGUCACAUGGGAGGGGACCAUGCUCUUUACUUGGGCCAUUUCUGAGCCAGCUGGUCCUUGAGAGCAUGACAGGACAAUCCCUCUGACCACAAAGUCAUGCUGGCCUCCAACUGCACUGCUGAUGUUUCCAGCACCUUGACCCCAGGGACUGGGUUCCUGUAGGGAAUGCAGAGAAAGCCCCACCUUGGCCAGUGCCCAAUGGAUCCCUCAGCCCUAUGGCUCCUUCCUAGUGCCUUCCUCCCUCAUGGGGCUCUGUCUCUAGGUCCCAGAAAACCUGAUCCAAAGGUUCUGGUGCUAUUCCCAUGCUGUAAUGUGAAUACAGGCUCCCUGGUCUUAAUUGAACCACAAGAUAAUUAGGAUGGGGAGACCUAGCCAGGGAGGCUACAGCCCAGGCCUUGAACCUCACAGGCCUCCCCAGUUGAGUUCCAGUCCCAGAGUUCCAGCAGUGAAGGGACCCUCAAGGCUGGGCUGUGGGUGUGGUUUGUGCACUGGCAUGAGCCUGCCGUCUACACACCUGCCAAUAUAGCGUUGUGUAUCAAAAUGGGCAGGAGGAGAUGCUUCCCAUUUCUCCUAGGGAGUCUUAGAGACUCCUGGCUUGUUUUGUUGUGUAGCUUUUAGUUUGGGUGCAAUGUGAGUGUCAAAAGGUUUUAUUUUGACAUUUUAAACAAGACCAAAUCAGGCCCAAAUUGCCUCCUUAGAAGGUGCUGGGGUCUUUCAGAAUGCCUCUUUCAAAUGGAUAAAGAUGUGGUCAGGGAGUCCCUGAGGUCAUACUGUAAAAGUCACAGUUAACUCGUCUUUUCAAAUGUAUUCCCACUAUUUUCGCAGAAA